AUUUACUUAACGUGUAGUACAUGCUGUUUUAUAACCAAUUAUACCGAUAUUUUCCCGAUAAUGUUCGACGUAAUUUACGAAAUUACUUUUUAUCAUCUUGCAGAAACAGUGUAAUAAAGUGUUAAAAUUUGAGUGAUAGGUUUAGGUAUGUGAUUUUUUCUUCGUUAAAACCCUUCCACAUUCCUUAAACAAUGGCUGAAACCACUCAAUUCGUAUCGAGGAUAAGCGUUAAGGACCUCAUUUCAGCUUUCGAAAGCAAAAGCGAGACUGUAAGGGUCGAGUUUUCCAGACCAAGAGCGAGAUCUUUUGGAAACGUCCUUAACAAAAACGUAAUAGUCCGCAUUAAUGAAUUCGUCACGCUGGAAGACGUAGAAAAGGGCCUGAUAAAAUUAGAAACAGACUUGAACUUCUACGAAGUAUACAACAAGGCCAAGCACGUUGCUUUUCAAGAACAAUUUUUCAAUAUAUUGACGAGCAUAGCGAAUAUUGAAAACGACGAUGAAGAUGCACCGACGAGGAAGAAGCGGUUGAUAUCAAGGACACAGACUUUGGUUUCCUUCUUGAACCAGAAACUACCAACAAACAUAAAUCAAGUCAUAGAAACUAAACCAAGCAAUCAGUACAAGUAUACGACUUACGCUGAUCACAUUCAAGCGAGUCCAAAGAGCGAAACAAAGACUUUGAGGUCUGUGGAUACGCAAUCAAGUACUGACUCAAGUGCGCAACCAAAGUUAUAUGUGGAAAGCAACAGUACUCUAGAUGUUACAGACUCAGGCGAAGAGUACAUCGUUUCUGUGAAGAAGCUCAAAGAAACUUUCCAACACCAAACUAAAACUGAAACCGACGGUCCACCAAAACAGGAGAGAGUGGUCAAAGUCAACCAAAAAGUCGCCGUGACCAAAAGCGUUACCAGAGAACGACCAAAGCCAGAAGAGAAAAAAAUCGAAGAACAAUCUACGGAAGAAGUAGAGAAUAAUAGAAUCUUCGGAGAAAAAGUCGAGUCUGUCUCAGUCACAAAGCUACGUAGUCUUUUCGAGCAAAGAUCCAGCUCCAGGGGCCUCGAAAUCAUAACAGUUGAGAAUCACCAGCUGACAAGAGAUAAUUUCGGUGGAUCUGUUCAAAAUAUCAGCGAUAUCCCGUAUACGGAACGAAACUUGGGAAACAUCAGGUUGAAGAGGUCAGUUUCAGGGAAUUACAUGAAUUACAGCGGACUACUGAAACGCGUUGAUAUUAACCGAAGCAGUAGUGUUUUAGAGCUCAGUCGAGAGAAUAGCAGAAGCAGAACUGUCAUCGAGAAUAACUCGGAAGAGGAAUCGACUGCUGAGAGCGACGUUGCUUCGGAAAAUGAAGAUGAAUCCAACAGGAUUGAAGAAAUUUCGACAGAUAACCAGGAACCAGUUGAAAACAACUUAGAACAACACGUACACGUACAUAAUAUUAUAAAGGAGUUCGAGGAUAUUCGAGCAAAACAUGCUUCUAUUGUAGAUUGGAAAGAAAAUAAAACGAAAGACACCGUUCCAAAUGGUAAAGCCACAUUUACUUCCGAAAGGGACAACUAUAACGCAGAAGAAGAACAUGUUUCAAAUUUGCAAGGGUUCGAGGAAGAAGAAGUUAAUUAUUCUGAAGCUAGUACAGAGGAUGUUAUUAAAGAUGAGAUAAAGACAAGAGAAGAACUGACUUUUAAAGGUGUUGAUGAAGUAGAAGUAAGUGGCGGAAUGGCUGACAGUAAAAAUAUACGAGAGGAAGAAAAUAUCGCAACACUACAGGUAGAUGCAGAAGACGUGUCGCAGCCGAUAUCAACUUCAGACAAUCCUGAAAAGGUUGAGAUUAACGAAACUACCCACGAACUGAGCUUUGAAGGUUACGACGAAGAAGAAGUAAACCAAGGAACAACUUCAAUUAAAAAUGUUCACGUUGAAGAAAUUGUUGCAAAGUUUGAAGCUGCAACAGAUGAUCUAUCACAAUCCACAUAUACGUCAGAAAUCGAAAUGAACGAUGACCAAGGUGAAGACAAUACAAACAAAUUAGAAUCGAAUGAAUACCACGUUAGCCAAGGGGCUGAAGAACAAAUUAGUGAAAACACUGAAGAUAGUUCCAUUUUUAGUAGUUUGCAUGAUUUGGAAGACGAGAGGGAACAGUCGCUUAUUGACGAGGUUAUAGAGAAAAUCGACGUGGAACAAACUCUAGCUAACGCAGACUUGGUAGUAAAUCCGGAAGAUCUUAUAAACGCCGACGACGAAUUCGAGAAGCUUUUAGAAAAUUCUCAAAGUGGCAAAUAAAAACAUUACUCUACAAACAAACUAAUUUUAAGUAACAAAAAAGUGUUUUACAUUUUUACUUACAAUAAAUUACCCUGCUGGGUGUGUUCUAUGCUAGAAACACCCUGUAUCCUAUUUAUUACCAUUAA